AUGGGUAGUGAAUUUAGUAAACAAACAUUGAAACCACAGGCCGAGAAACACAUUGCCAUUACUAUAGAGGUAAGUUGAAAAUUAAUAUCUUUAAAAUUUUUAAGAGGCUUUAAAAAAGUUUUUUUAAGUGUUGAAUAUUCAUAACAAAAAUCUUUUUUUCAGCGACCAGACGUACUGACCUUAAUGGAUUUUGAUGGAGAAGAAGGAAUAGUGUACAAGACGUUAACGGAAAACUGGAUGGACGAGGUGACAAGUUGUCAGCAAACGUUAUAUUUCUAUUGUUUUUUGCUGGCUAAAAAGCCUUUUAACGUAAGUUUAAUUAAUUUUUACGAUUUUUUUGACUGAACGUAUGAAAGGAAAAAUUUUAUUCUACCGAAUUCCUUGAAAAAAUCUUUAGGUACCUAUAUUAAUGUCAAUCAACAACACGGAGUAUAUUCGAAAUGCUGUACGUGCACGACAUUCGUUUUGCGAUGUUUUGUCAAAAUUGGACGACCUGGGAGUCAAACUUCUUACUACAGCAUAUUUUGGCAAAACUUUCACAAGGACCACGUUGGUAUUACAACGAGAUGUUUACAAUACUGUAAGUUUAUGUUUUACGGGUAAUUUGGGGAAAAAUAUUGAUUAAAAAUGUUGUUUCGAUACUUUAUACUUUAAAAGUUACCUAAUUUUCAGACUUCCGAGUCCUACAGUACCAGAAACGUAGACGAAUUGUACAUAUGUGUAGCGAUACGAAGCAAUAACGCUAUUAUCAUACCAGCUACUGCAGGCCUAUGUCGUUUUCCGAUCAGUUGGAUUCAAAACGAAUUUGGCCAAAUGAUAGUGAAAGCGGAUAUUAAUGACGAUUUUGUGGAUUUCACAUUUAAAGAUGACUUAUUUUCUGCAUAUUCAAUCACCUAUGAGAAUAUGAUACAUGGCAAACGAAUGUUUUUAGGAUUGAUUAGGCAGUUAGCACAAAGAGGAUACGAAUAUGUGGCACCGAUAAGUAUCAAAGGAUGUACUAGAAAUGACACUUUUUAUUUUAAAAUGGUGGGUUUAAAUUUUUAUUGUGUUUUUUGGGCUGUAGAUGUUGAGAAAUGGUGUCGUUAGUGCUAAUAAUGACAUUUUAGAUAAGACAGCCGGUGGAAAAAGAUAAGACUUACUUUUUUAUUUCACCAGAAGAGAAAAACCGGCUACGGCUAUAUGAAACACCGCCAAUUAUUGCUGAAUUCAUCAAGAAAACCAUCUCUAGGUUGGUAUUGAAGGAAGUCAAGAGGCCAUACGCAAGUUUUUUGAUUUUAUACAAACAGUCCAUUAUAUUAUAUUUUUUCUGCUUUUCAAUACAAAAGGUGAUUUUUUAAAAUUUUAAGCCUAUAUUUUUAGUUAGGAUGCACGGAGAUCAUUUUUGCUGGCCAGCCCUUUAUGUGCAACGAUCGAACAUUGUUAUUGACUCAAAUUGAUAUGUUAGAGAUAAUCGAAAGUCUGAGAAAAAAUGGCUUCAAAUUGGUUGGCCAUUUACAAACGACUCUCAAUGUUAACGAAAAGGUACGUAGUUGUUAUUUAUAGGUAAUGUCUUGAACUAAAAAAAAAUCUUUGUGAUGGGAAUACUUUGAGAUUUUCGUUGUGGGACAUAAUACAAAACGUCAUUAUUACAUAAAAUGCAUUAUGAAAUUGUUUUAUAUAAUAUGCUAAUUUUUAGGCAGUAAUGCUAUUCGAAAGCACAAACGAAAAGCCGGUACCAAUUUUUGCGAUCUCAUUUCAAGGUGCUGAUGUACUGCAGGUACUAAAAGCGCCAAUUCGGGUAGUUACAUUGAUUAGAGAAGCUAUUUGUAAUGUGUGGCAAAAAGCAAUCCAAGAAGAAAGUAAGACAUACUUUUAUACUUUUUAUGAAAUGUAGACUAAUUACAGUAGUUUAUGGUGGGAGGGGUAUUUUUUGGGGAGUGGGGGUGGUUAGGGUUUUUAGAUUUUAACUCAAAUUUUUAGGUAUAAUCUUGAAUGGAACAGCUUUCAAACUAAAAGGUAGACCGUUUGCAGCUAGAGACACGUCGAUAGACUGCCAACAUGGCUUGCAUAUGUUAAUAUUCAUAAUUGAAAAACUGUCUGAAGUUGGAUGGAAGUUCAAAAUAGCGUUAGAUGUUGGAAGUCGGGCCACAUCUGAUAGUGAAAUAGGGUUUCUUGAAGAUGGAAUUAUGAUGAUUUUUGAAGCUAAUUUGAGUUCCGGGAACGGUGAGGGCAAAGUGUAUGGGGUGGGGUGA